CGGCUGCAGAUGUGCAAUUGGAAAGGAUUGAUGUUUUGAAGUUUGACAUAAACGGCUGCAUUACAUUUUACACGGGACAAUGGAUCACAGACACAGACACGAACACGGUGAGCACCAUGUUGGUCACGUGCACCCUUCAUCACAUAAGAACGUCACCAAACGGCCGGCUAAAUCGAGGAUGACUGCUACCGUCGCCGCAACUACCGAGCGCGUCAUCCCCUCGAAUGAAAACGUGUCUGUAGAAGGCGGUCACGUGUCGAUGGAUGACAGUCACGUGCCUAUUCACGGCGGUCACGUGUCUAUUCACGACGGUCACGUUCCUAUGGACGGCGGUCACGUGUCUAUGCACGGCAGUGACAUGUCUAUGAAAGUUGGUCACGUGUCAGAACACAGCGGUCACGUGGUGCACUUUGGAAACCACACGAUAAACGAGCAGCCUGACCGCGGCUACGAACAUGGCGAUGCACAUACAGGGCACAGUUCCCACAUGAUGAUGUCGCAUACUUAUACGUAUUUCUCAACGGGCAGCUACACGGAUUUGAUGAUCAAAGGGAUAAACGUUUCGUCUAUUCAAGACUUGAUCCUCACACUGCUGGUAGUGAUGUUUAUGGUGAUUCUUAUCGAGGCUCUGAACACCUGGUUAAAGCGACACGAUCAAAGGUCACAAUAUCCAUCUGGCUCAUCUAAGUUUUCCAUGCUCCUGUUGGCCACUGUUGUCAAGAUGGCGACUCUAACAGUCGGGUACCUGGCGAUGCUCCUGGUUAUGACCAUGAACUACUGGAUCCUCAUUACAGCGGUCCUUGCCUCUGGCAUUGGUCAUCUCAUUAUGCGACCCAUCAUCACCGCCUGCUGCAGUCCUCCAGAUAGAAUAUCUACCCAUCAGGAACUUGCAAAUGCGCAGAGGGUGAACUGCUCUACGUCCGAGAGUAUGUCCUGCAAACCACUGUGUGAGGCGGCACAGUCGGACGCGAUUGAAGUUCCAAACGGAGAAGAGGAGACUACACCGUUGACUUGGGACCCACAGCUUGAUAAGCCCUGUUCACAAACAUGACUGACUGGAUGUUCACUUUCUACUUUGUUCUUGAGCAGCAUUAUACUGAGAUAAGUUUUGUUCGGCCAUGUGUACAUACAUUACGAAUUGUUAAAUGCCACGUAACGCCAUACAGAAGGCCUACAUGUACAUGCCUUUACUUCAU